ACUAAUUCCUGGCUGCUGAUUAGGUGAUAAACCAUUACACCAGGAAAUUACUUCUGCUCCUUGUGUGUCCCUAAGAACCAGAAGCUACCUGUUACUGUCCAGGACCUGCAGCUCGCUGAUUCCCACUUGUACUAUGCGCUGAACACCAACUGUUGAGACCCUGGGUUUUUCCCGUCGCGAAGGUGCAGCCCGGAGCUGGGGCCGAGGGUCUGGCAACGAGGAGCGUUGCCAGCGUGCACGUCACGUUCCACGCCCCGGAGCGGAUUCCUCCCCCUCCGCCCGGGGACCGGGGGGGCACCAGGGCUGGAAGGAGCGGGGACCGAGGCCCCCCCGACGUCACCGCCCCCGGCCCGGCCCCGACGAUCGGGUGCUGCGGUUGCCGGGGAACCGCGGGCGCGGCCACAGCGGCUGUGACGGCGCCGCCGCCUCAGUUGCCGCAGAGCGCGCUCCGCGGUAGUUGUUCGCAGCCUGGGCUCGCGCAACGGCUGCGCUCAGCGAUUUGACAAGUGACUUGUUCACAGGACAUUGCGAGCUUUGGUCUCUGAACUCGCGAGCAUUGGUCUCUGCGAGGGUGUACUGAAUUUCAUUUGAAGUUUUGUUGAGGCAUUGUCGCUCAUCUGCGACAUCCUCCCUUCAAAAUGGCGUCUGGAUUGCAAAAGAAGACACCAACACCUCGUCUUUUGACCCGGGAAAUGCUGAAAUCUUUUACUCUGCUUCCCUCUAAGUUCCUGAGGGAGAAGCUUCUCGGCACAAAGAAGGAGGCCAACACUGGGAAGAGUAUGCUGCCCAGAAUUGGCCCACUUCAAGACACAAGUGAGGCUCGUCAAAAGUUGUUGUCAGGUCCUCCGAAACAGAGCUCGCUUGGGGUUUCCCCGUCAGAGAUGGUAUUUCAGAACUUCGUCCCUCAUGAGGUCUCUGAAAUGGUGCUGUCUCUCAUUAAUAAGAACAAGUUUCCUCAGAUGGUGAAGGUCUCCAUGGAGAGCUCACCUUACUUCCAGCUCAUGUGCUCCAACGACGCGUACCGUGUGGUGCUGCCGGGCGCGUCUGUGCCUGUGCGCAUCCGCUUCACCCCCGACGAGAACAAGAAUUAUUCCCACAAGCUUGUCUGCAUCACUGCAAGGGAAAGGAUCGUUGUGCCCAUCCGGGCCAUUGGUGCCCCAGUUGUCCUGGACUUCCCUGCCCAGCUGGACUUCUCGGUGUGUCCAGUCAAGUACAGCACCCAGAAGACUCUUCUGGUCCACAACACUGGUAACCUGGAAGCUCAUUACCAGCUGAGCACCCAGAGUCCUUUCUCCGUGGUGCCGGCCACAGGAACUCUGGGCGCUGGUUGCACCAUGCAGGUGACAGUGGGAUUUCACCCGCUGACCAACGGUGACCAUUGCGGGUCCCUGUGCUGCAAAACAGGGGAAGAAAGUAUCCACACAAAGCUCCUUGGAGAAGCUGUAGAUGUCAACGUCAGGUUGAGCACAAGUUCCGUGGACGUUGACAAGACUUUCAUCACCAUGACAAGACACAAAACCGUUUUCAUUGAAAACAGGAGUAACAUCACAGUCCACUUCCAGUGGAAGGCUUUUCCUACAGAGGAAGAUGAGAAUGAAGAGAAGAAGAGGCAGCGUCGUUUGCUGCACCCACCGACUAAGGUGCGGCUGGAAAAAAUCAAGGAGGAGAAAAAAACAGAGAAGGAGAAGGGCUCUUUUGAAGAUCACAUUGCCCUCAUGAGAAGCAUGGUCCAGGAGAAAAUGGCAAAGGUGCAAGAAGACUCCAUGCUGUUCUCCAGUGACUUUUUUUUCAUUGAGCCAAUGAAGGGAGAAAUUGGGCCAAAUUGUUUGGCUGAAAUCAAGGUGACCUUCAAACCCUUAGAGGUACUAGGGUACCAAAGUAUGGCUUACUGCGACAUCUCAGGCCGUGAGAGCAGGCUGCCCUUGCGCCUCAGAGGGGAAGGCCAAGGACCCUUGGUUGAGCUCAGCUCUCAGACUCUGGACCUUGGGAACGUUUUUGUUGACACCUCCCACAUGCUUGAGGUGAAACUGAUUAACAAAGGAGCUCUUGAUGCUCCCUUCACCUGUAUCCCCUCAACCACAAACGUGGGCUCCUGCUUCAAGUUUCUACCCAAGGAGGGCAUCAUUGCACCAGGUGGGAUCCAGACUGUUCAGAUCCCCUUCAAGGCCACCGUGUUGGGGACCUUUGAGGAAGAAUUCCAGUUCAGUGUGACUGGAACUCCUAUGCCUGCAAUCCUGACCAUCAGGGGCAGCGUCUCUGGACCGAGUUUACAGUUCGAUGUCGAUGAGAUCAACUUCGGUGAGAUCUCCUUUGGCUUUCCCUACACCCAGUGCUGUCGCCUCACUAACAUCUCCUCAGUGCCGCUGACGUUCCAGCUCCGCAUGUCGGACGAUGGCACACAGCCGGCUGUCGACAGCAUGGAUCAGAUCCGCAGGCACGGUGAUCCAUCCUGGAGGAAGGGAAUCCAAUUUUAUGUGGAGCCAAAGGAGUUCACAAUGAAUCCCAGCCGAGGGACCAUCCUUCCCCAGGGACACCAGGACAUCGAGGUGACCCUGUGUUCCAACACUGUGAUGGAUUUCCGCUGGAGGCUGCUGGUGGACCUGGAGGGCAUUGGCCAGGGAGUGGCAAAACUGUUCAUCACAGCCAGAUGUCUCGUUCCUGAGCUGCGAGUGUACCCUGAAAUCCUGCUCUACGAUGAGUGCCACCUGAAGGUGCCCUACGAGAGGAAGUUCCUCGUUGCAAAUAACACCGACCUUCCUGGCUGCUAUGGGCUUAUUCCCCAGAAACGCAAGGAGAACUCUCCUGUGCUCUACUCCAGCCCCAAGCCCUGUGGGAUAGUCCAGCCUCACAGCUUCGCAGAGAUCCCAGUUGUGAUCGAGGUGCAGACAUUAGGGGAGCAUCGCACCAAUGUUCUCAUUGGCGUGUUCGGGGAUGAGAGAAACCCACGGAGAGUAGAAUUACGGAGCUCUGGAAAGCUGGCAGAAAUCUACCCAAGCACAAGGCUGAUAGAGUUUGGCAAGAUCCCAGCACUACAGCCUACUUCACGCAGCUUUACCCUCUUCAACGAAGGUCUCGUCCCUGCAGACUUCAGGAUGGAGGUCGCUCGCAAACCCCACUGCUGUGCCAUUGAACCCAGAGAAGGAGUGAUCCCUGCUGGGGGUGAGGUGCCUGUGUCUGUCACAGUAACCCUGGAUGACACGGGGCCUUUUGCUGUCCCUGUCCAGCUGUUCAUUGGGAACAGCCUCUGGACCGCCUUCGGGCUGGUGGCUUUGGGCACUGGCACCACGGUUGUCAUAGACAAGCCAUUCGCCCCGGAGCUCAACCUGGGAUACCAAUUCAGGCCACCUGAGGAGAAGGGCCAGAGUGUCUCAGCCCUCAGCAGCUCCCAGGAUGAUUCCCAGAGCCCCGAACGUGCCAGCCCCGUGUUUGGGCUGGAGCCAGUGUCGAUGGACCUGAAGCCAGGACAGUCUGAGGACAUGGUGCUGCGAGGCUUCUCCCACAUCCCACAGUCUCAGAAGACAAUCACUGUUUCUCCUGUUGGCUGA